AUGUCCCUUUGCGAUGUUUUCCCACCGUCACCAAACUUCACGGAAGAGCAUCUCCCAAAUCUCAGCGGGAAGGUCUUCAUCGUAACCGGUGGCUCUUCCGGAGUUGGCCUAGAGCUCACAAAGCUCUUGUAUUCCAAGAAUGGAACGGUCUUCAUCGCCACUCGAUCUCUGGCCAAGAUCCAGAGUGCUAUCGACGUGGCAAGAUCAACUUAUCCCACAAGCGAAGGGCGGCUUGAGCCUCUUGUUCUGGACCUGUCCGAUCUCGCGACAGUCCGGCCGGCCGCGAUGUCCUUCCUGUCCCAAGAAUCUCGGUUAGAUGUCCUUUUCAAUAACGCGGGCAUCAUGUUCGCCCCGCCGGAGGCCAGAACCGCCCAGGGCCACGAAUCUCAGAUGGGUACGAACGCUCUCGGGCACUACCUGUUGACUAAGUGCCUGGAGCCAAUCCUAGUGCGAACCGCGGAAGCGAAUCAAGCAGCCGGUAUUGGCAGGAAAUGGGACGGUGGUGUCCGCAUUGUCAACGUCGUGUCGUGGAUGGACGUGGGGGUGCCUAAAGGCGUCAUCGAGUGGGAUGACACCAGCACACGGCCCAAAGUGCUCACCAAGUCUAUGGACAACUACAUGAUGUCGAAGGUCGGUCUGACAUAUAUGUCCGCGGACAUUGCGCAAAGACUGGGAAGCAAAGGAGUAAUUGCUGUCAGUGUGCACCCUGGCCUCAUGAAAACGGAGCUGCAGAGGACUCAGCGCAUGACCCAAAGCAUGAUGGGAAUCAUGUUCAAGCCGGCAAAGUAUGGUGCGUAUACCGAGAUUUUCGCGGGAUUCUCUCAGGAUAUCACACGGGAGAGGAACGGUGCGUAUAUCCUGCCGUGGGGGCGUUUUGGAAAGCUGCCAGAGAACGUCGCGCAAGGCAUCAAAAAGCAGUCCGAGGGCGGGAACGGUAUGAAGGAUAGAUUUCUUGCAUAUUGUGAAAGGGAGACAGUGCGGUAUUUCGGAUAG